UGGAGGGCAACGAACGCCGAAGGAGUGCGAAAACAAGCGGACCGGAAGUGGUUUCCUGGGCGAGCAGGAGGGCGAGGGGAAGAAAGUGCGGACCCCAGAUAAGAUGGACGAGCUUUGACGAGCUGAGGAGCAAGCCCGGUACCUUCUUCCUUCGCCCUUGUCGGCGGCAAAAGCAACCGGCUGUGCCAUGAAGGUGAAACUCAAAAAUGUUUUUGUCAUCUACUUCCUAGUGUCCGUGAUUGGCCUCAUGUAUGCACUGAUGCAAUUGGGGCAGCCUUGUGAUUGCAGUCAACACCUGAAGGCUGCUAGUGACCUCAUCCAUGCCAAGGACAAGCGACUGUCCCAGUUGCAAAGAGAAGUCAAGCGGUUGCAGGGCCUGGAAAAGGUGCCGGAGCUGGUAGAAGAAACACCAGUCAUCUAUGUGGUCACGCCCACCUAUGCCAGGCUGGUUCAGAAAGCCGAGUUGGUCCGUCUCUCCCAGACAUUGAUGCACGUCAAAAACCUGCACUGGAUCGUGGUCGAGGACUCACCCAGCAAGACCCAGCUGGUCUCCGAGCUGCUGCUCCAGAGUAAACUGCCUUUUACCCACCUCCAUACCGAGACCCCCAAGGAGCACAAGCGGAAGGAGACGGAUCCCAACUGGCUGAAGCCCCGCGGGGUGGAGCAGCGGAAUUUAGCCCUGCAGUGGCUGCGCGAGCAUCGCAAACUCCCUGACGCGGGAGUGGUGUAUUUUGCGGAUGAUGACAACACUUACAGCCUUCGGCUCUUCGAUGAGAUCCGUUCCACCCAGCGUGUCUCGGUCUGGCCCGUAGGCCUGGUGGGAGGCCUCCGUUUCGAGCGGCCGCUGGUGGAAAACGGCAGAGUGGUGGGUUUCUACACGGCUUGGAAGCCCAACCGUCCCUUCCCCAUCGACAUGGCUGGCUUCGCCGUGGCCCUGUCGCUGCUGCUGGCGAACCCGGAGGCUCGCUUCGACUUGCUGGCCGAGCGCGGUUACUUGGAGAGCAGCCUCUUGCAGUCGCUGGUCUCGAUGGAAGAGCUGGAGCCGAAGGCGGACAACUGCACCAAGGUCCUCGUUUGGCACACCCGGACGGAGAAGCCGAAGAUGAAGCAGGAGGAGCUUUUACAGAAGCAGGGCCUGGGUUCCGAUCUCGGCAUCGAGGUGUGAGACCAGUUUCCAACCCAGGUACCACAAGCGGCCGUGGGGGGGGGUGCGCGUCUCUGCCGGGCCGGAGAGCCCACCCACCCCCAACCAGAAUGUGAUUGCCUUGUAUAGAGAGAAAACAUUAUUUUAAUUUAUGAAGGCUGAAUCCUGUCCUCACCCAAGGUCUCUGGAUAUGCUCAGUGGACGUUGCCUUACAGGAAGAAAUCUCUACCAUCCAGUAUUUAAACAAAUAUGGACUGGGGGUUGGGGGGGUGGGAAUUGAAGUUCUGGGGAAGGGCUGGUUCCUGUCCCACUUGCUCUCUGUGUGCGUGUAUCUUAGGUGUUGUCCUUAAGGCUGCUCUGGUAAUAUGCAUGGGAAUCUUUCAACCCCUUUGGUCCAGUUUCAUAUAUCCACACACACCCAAGACUCUUGCAACAAAUCUCUUAACAAAUCAAAUUAAUUUAUUCUUGGGUCUCUACUAUGGGCGAUGGAAAAGGCAGGUUUUACUCAUUUCAGAGUCUGCCCGGGCUUUCUUUAAAAGCCAGAAUUGGGGCAAAUUUCAGACUUCUGGACUACAACUCCCAGAAUUCCUCAACUAGCGUGAUGGCUGACAAGAGUAAUUCUGAGAGUUAAAGCCCCAAGUCUUAAAAGUUAUCAUGUUUGGAGACGCUUGCUUUAAAGCCGUGUUUCUCAACCCAGGCAGUAUUAAAAUGUCUUGACUGC